CAUACCAUGGCCUUCGACCUUGGUCAAGAUAGCGAUUGCUAUAGACUGUUUUGGAACUUCUUAACAACACAUUGGAUGCUCAAUCUCGCGACCUGAUAGACAAUGGUUGCAAUCUCUUCUAGUACAAGGCUGCCAGCCGUCGCGAAGACAGUAGAGAAUGUGGCCUUGACGGCUAUACCUACCUUUGUUCCUCUAGGCUUGACAUCUCCGCCAAUAUCUCGUCGUGCUUCUAGAUUGCUGUUCAGACACAUAGAGCUGGACCACCCCCAAACAUUGAUCAGAAUAUAUAAUGCAAAGCUCCACAUCCGCGACUCAAACACAUGCGAGUGUUGAUAUGCGAUUCCACCACCGAGCACAACCAAGCCAAGCCGGACAUGUUCCCCGCAUAGCGACUCGAACAACUCGUGCAUAUGAGCCCAAGCUUUUCAGGUAUAGAAAUCCUGACUUCGGUGCUACUCCCGGCCUUAAACCACGGACUAUCUAGGCGUCGCUAUACCUUUUUUACGAUUGCUUUUAUUGCCUCGCUGUCUCAAUUCGCUAUCUCUUAUCUAGCGUUGCUUUCUCCCCUGCUCAUCACCCCACGUCUUACGCCCAGGCGUAGCCCGCCCCCAGACCGCGACAUUCAUCAUGAGAAGCAUAUAAGCUUUAUAGUUACUGUGUUGUCGACUUGGCGCGAUGCGAUAAGCCUUUUUGCCAAGUGCUUGCUUCAACAGCGUGGCUUCUUGCUCCGACUAUAUUACCCGUCGCUCACUCGUGCAUUGCUUUCAAGUCAACAGCACCACCAAAGAAAUCCAGAAAUCAUGGAGUCAAAGAUAGAAAAACAUCCCACUCCACACAUCGCUCACGAUGUAGAGACACAAGGCAAGUCCUCCAUUGAUGCAGACGCUCUCAAGCUAGCAGAGAUGGGCUACACUCAAGACAUGGCGAGAAAGUACACCGUCUGGUCCGUUUUGGGCGUCGGAUUUUCAAUCACAAACUCCUGGUUCGGUAUAUCAGCCGCUCUGAUAACUGGCAUCAAUUCUGGAGGCCCGCUGCUCGUCAUAUACGGCAUUAUGCUCAUAGCUCUCAUCUCGACCUGCGUGGGUAUCAGUCUCAGCGAGCUGGCAAGUGCGAUGCCGAAUGCGGGUGGACAGUACUUCUGGGCUGGUGAACUUGCGCCGAGACGGUUUACAAGACUCGCCAGUUACAUGACGGGAUGGUUGGCGUGGUGGGGUGCUAUGUUUACGAGUGCGUCUGUAGCAUUGGCUAUGGGAAGUGCGGUAGUGGGUUGUUAUCAACUUGGGCAUCCUGACUUUGUCAUUCAACCCUGGCAUGUCUUCCUGGCUUACCAACUCUCGAACAUCUUCUGUUUCUUCUUCAACUGCUACGGCAAGAUACUUCCCACAGUCGGCAAAACCACACUAUGGAUCUCACUGCUUUCCUUCGCCGUGAUACUCAUCACCGUUCCAGCCGUUGCGCCUACACACCAGCACGCUCGCUUCGUCUUCGCGACCUUUAUCAAUAACACCGGCUGGCAGCAAGAUGGAAUAGCCUUCAUCGUCGGUCUCGUGAACACAAACUGGGCUUUCGCUUGCCUUGAUUGCGCCACGCAUCUCGCCGAAGAAGUACACCGGCCAGAGAAGAUGGUCCCAAUAGCCAUUAUGGGAACUGUGGGGAUUGGGUUUGUAACGAGCUGGUUCUUCUCCGUCGGCAUCUUCUUCUCGAUUGUAGGGGACUUUGCUGAGAUUGGCGCAUCAGAUACUGGAGUGCCUAUUCUGGAGAUUUUCUUUCGCGCGCUGCAGAGUAAGGCUGGAGCGACGGUUCUUGAGGCGCUUAUCAUAGCUACGGGACUGGGUUGCUUGGUCGCAAGUCAUACUUGGCAGAGUCGACUAUGCUGGAGUUUUGCGCGCGAUCGGGGGCUUCCUGCUCAUCGCUGGCUGGCCAAGGUACAUGAAGGACUUGACGUGCCGCUCAACGCCCACUUAGUGAGUUGUGUUAUCGUGGCUAUCAUGGGAUGCCUGUAUCUGGCUUCUUUGACAGCUUUUAACUCGAUGAUAACGGCAUGUAUCGUUCUUCUGUACCUCAGUUACUCUGUUCCGGUCAUCUGCCUUCUCAUCCGCGGUCGCGACAAGAUAUCCCACGGGCCAUUCUGGCUCGGUCCGGUCGGUCUCUUCGCGAAUAUUGUACUACUUGUCUGGACACUGUUCACACUGAUCAUGUACUCGUUUCCGUAUGCGAAGCCUGUUGAGGCAGGGAACAUGAACUAUGUGUGCGUUGUCUAUGCCAUUGUUGCUUUGAUUGCCAGUGUAGAUUGGCUGUUUAGAGGGAGGAAGAAGUUUGUGGUUGCCGGCGAAAGGAAGGAGGAAGGGGUGAACCCGGCUCCGAGAAUCGUGGAUCUGCCUGGGUAUUAGGAGCGAUGUUGAAGCAACACUGUGUGCGCGUGCACAGUAUGUCAUAUUCUAAAUACACUGAGCUCAGUGUCCAUAGUUUAUUCGGGAAUCAUGUCUAAAAUAUCAGUUUUGUGAUGUGUGCAAGUUGC